UCGAUGCCAUGGCUGCACGUCCCGCGUGGAUCUUGCUACUGCUGCUGUGCAUUGGACCCUUGGCCGUGCAACAUCACAAUGUCGCUGCCAUCUCGGGAGCCAACAUGACUUGUGGGGUAUCCAUGUUCCCUGACGACCCUGAUUUCCGGAUUGUCGGAGGAAGAGAAGCAAACAAGGGCGAGUGGCCUUGGCAGGUGUCAAUACGGCUAACGCAUCCACAAGCCGGCAAAAUUGGCCACUGGUGCGGUGGAGUCUUACUCAAUGACCAAUGGGUGCUCACUGCGGCGCACUGCAUAGUCAAUCCAUUGUUCGUGCUACCACAACCUGUGUUCUGGAAGAUACGACUUGGCGAGCACCGGCAAAAGCUUACAGAGGGAACCGAGAAGACGAUUCAGGUGUCCCACGUGUAUCACUAUCCUUGGUACCGCGGCUACGAUCAAGACAUCGCCUUAAUGAGGAUGGAGAAGAAGGUUCAAUUCAACAAAUACAUCAGUCCCAUCUGCUUGCCAGACUCCGAAGACGAGUUUCAAGAUCUCGUCUGUGCGGCUACAGGAUGGGGGAAAGUUGACUACAAUGCAAAACCAGCUAACUUCCUCCAAGAGGUCUUCGUGAAGGUCUACGACAACUCGGUAUGUGACCGAGCGUAUCGGCCCAAGUUCAAGAUCCCCAUAAAGAAAUGGCAUCUGUGCGCGGGAACACUCGAAGGCGGAAAAGGAACUUGUCACGGCGAUUCAGGAGGACCCCUGCAGUGCAAAAUGUUUGACGGCAAGUGGUACGUCACAGGAAUUACGUCUUUUGGUUCCGGCUGUGCUAAAAAGGGAUUCCCAGAUGUUUACAGCAAAGUUGCUCACUACGUAGACUGGAUCCAUGAAGUCAUGAAACGACCACACUGAGGACGUCCGUUUAGAUCCGUCUUUUCGCUGAAUGGUGCGUGAGAGAAGACAUUGUUCGUGUGUGAGCGUGUGUGCACUUAGGAUGGUUCGUGUCACUUCACAGACUUGAGGCUACAUAGGCGACUUCAGUGUCUUGCAAACCACGAAGAAACGAUGGACAGUGUAUAGCGACCAGGUAAGCGUUGUCGUGUGCUCUACACUUCAGCUUCGUACCCUCAACGCGGUCACCUUCCCCGAUAUUUUUAAUACAACGCGCAACACGCUGAACAACUGUUCAUGCGUCCCGUCGUGCCAGCACUGCAGGAGACGUACAGAUAGACAAGCCAUGAUGGGAAGAAAGUGGUUGUGAAAGUGAUUGAGGAUACAACGCAACACGGCAACACAACCCAUCUCAGCCCGUGCAAGACGACCUAUAUACUGAA